AAAGGGUUGAUGAUUCACGUAGAAAUAAUAUAAAGAUAAUUUCAUAAAAUAAACAAUUAGUACUACAUGUAUUUUCAGUUAAAAUAAAUGUAUUUAGGGUUCGAUGCUGGUGCUAUUGCUCAAGCUGCCUGUGCUGGAAGUGUAAGCAAUAAUCAUUUUGUUUCUGCAAUUCGGCGACCAUGCGGUAUAGGACCUUCGUGUAACACCCUUUGUCGAAAUGCUAUCGGCAGUAUGAGAGAUAUCUAUGGAAAUCAAGGAUCAAGAACAGGGAGAUGUUUUCAAGCAUUUCAUUUUUACUACAAGUACUCUCCCCAAAACCCCCAAAGCACAGGAACAGCACAGAUGGCGAUGUACAGAUAUGGAAAUGGCUUCAAUUGGACCUCAUGUGGUCCUAACUUCUGUUGUUGUCAGGCAUAAAUGGCCAUGUGAAUAAUAUAAUACGUUUACUUUUCUCUC